AUGGGAACUGUAAAUGAUUCUAACGUAGCGAUUGCAACGUUCUAUGUGAAAGUGAUUUUGGCAAGAACCCUAAAGGACUACAAAAUGAACAUAAUAAAAGAAAAUUAUGAUAAAAUUUUGGCUGUAAUAAGAAUAUGUGCAAAUAUUGUUUCACAUUUUAUUUACAUUAACCGACAAUAUGGCUGGCAAGAUUAUGAAUAUCGACUUUCAGAAUUACUUAUUAACGAUAAACCCCAAUUUUAUUCAAUCAGUGCGUUCAAUAAUGGUCGAUUUAAGCAAUGGCUGGUCAAUAACUAUACAAUCCAUGAAUAUUCUAAAGAAUUGGAUGAUGUAUCUCUCCCAAAGGAGCAGUAUGUGGAAGUUGUAGCACGUGCGGAUGAAUUUUACGUAAAUCCAUUAGAUUCGGAUUAUUGCCUAUCGAAUAUCCCGUACACACCAGAGCCAACACAAUUGCCAAAAAUGCAGCCGUGUCGAUCGGAGCCGUAUUGUUUUGAAGUUCUCCACUCGUCGCCCUCCAUUGCAUAUACACUUAGCCAUAGGCUUCUGAACGUAAUGAUGCGGCAUCAGAUUCGACGCUGUUACUUAACUAGUCCCGAAGAGGAUGCAAAGCACAUGGAUAUCUUGUGCGCGUUCAUGUAUCGGGAAGCCGUGUAUUUGGCGCGCCGCGGUUUCUUCGCCAGGGAUAUUUUUUUGGAACACAUUGCAUUGUGCUCGUUAUUGGGCUACGAAGAAUUCCACCGGCGGCAGUGGUUCAACAAGGCCUCGAGCUGGAUUGACGAUGAGGGUUGCGUCCAGGAGAAUCCAAACUACGAAAUCAAUAAGACCAGUUACCUGAUCGAGCACAGGGCAAGGAGCGUGAAGGAAGCCCAGGAAAUGCGUAAUGACUUGAGGAACGAGUUGUUGGACGAGUGCCACCAUCACCCUAUGGCGCUGGUCGUAAUAGUUAUGGCGCACGGUAUUCGGCAA